GCCACAUUAUCAAAGACUUUUAAUCCAUCUUAGGCAUAAUUAGUCCUAAACAUGGCUAGAGGUGAACAAGAUCUCCUCUCUACUGAGAUUGUCAACCGUGGGAUCGAGUCCACCGGUCCCAACGCGGGUUCUCUGACGUUCUCCGUCAGGGUCCGGAGACGGUUGCCGGAUUUUCUCCAGUCAGUGAACCUUAAGUAUGUUAAGUUGGGGUACCAUUAUUUGAUCAAUCAUGGGAUUUACUUGGCCACGAUCCCAAUUCUCGUGGUUGUCUUCAGUGCGGAGGUGGGAAGUCUUAGUAGGGAAGAGCUCUGGAGGAAAGUCUGGGAAGACGCCCGGUAUGACCUCGCCACCGUCCUCUCCUUCUUUGCCGUCUUCAUCUUCACCAUCUCUGUCUACUUCAUGUCCCGCCCUCGUUCCGUUUAUCUCAUCGAUUUUGCUUGUUAUAAGCCUCAGGAUGAUAUCAAGGUGACGAAGGAACAGUUCAUUGAGAUGGCGAGAAGAUCUGGAAAGUUCGACGAAGGGAGCCUGGAAUUCCAGAGGAAGAUUCUGGAAGCAUCAGGCAUUGGUGACGAAACCUACGUACCGAAAGCGAUCAUGUCCAACGAGAACUGCGCCACCAUGAAAGAAGGCAGGUUGGAAGCGUCUACGGUGAUGUUCGGCGCACUGGACGAGCUCUUCGAGAAGACCCGGGUCCGACCAAAGGACGUCGGCGUCCUGGUGGUGAACUGCAGCAUCUUCAACCCGACGCCGUCGCUGUCGGCGAUGAUAAUAAACCACUACAAGAUGAGAGGGAACAUCUUGAGCUUCAAUCUGGGUGGGAUGGGUUGCAGUGCGGGGAUUAUAGCAGUAGACCUGGCCCGGGACAUGUUGCAGGCCAACCCAAACAACUAUGCUCUUGUGGUCAGCACUGAGAUGGUGGGCUAUAACUGGUACCCGGGUCGGGACCGGUCCAUGCUUGUGCCCAAUUGCUAUUUCAGGAUGGGCUGCUCCGCCGUCCUUUUGUCCAACAGGCGCCGUGACUACCGACGCGCCAAGUACCGCCUUGAGCACCUCGUCCGGACACAUAAGGCUGCCGACGAUCGAAGCUUCAGGUGCAUUUACCAAGAAGAAGAUGAGCAAGGCUUCAAAGGACUAAAGGUAAGCAAAGACCUAAUGGAAAUCGGCGGCGAAGCCCUGAAAACCAACAUCACCACCCUGGGCCCUCUAGUUCUUCCCUUCUCGGAGCAGCUCUUCUUCUUCACUACUCUUCUCUGGCGGCACUUGUUCGGUGGAGACGAAAAAUCCAAGGCGUCCUUAUCCCACUCGGCGACCAAGCCCUACAUUCCCGAUUACAAACUCGCGUUCGAACACUUCUGCGUUCACCCCGCCAGCAAGGCGGUGCUGGACGAGUUGCAGAAGAACCUGGAGCUGAGCGACGGAAACAUGGAGGCGUCGAGGAUGACGCUCCACCGCUUCGGGUACACUUCGAGCAGCAGCAUUUGGUACGAACUGGCGUAUAUGGAGGCGAAGGAGAGGGUUAGGCGUGGCGAUCGGGUCUGGCAGAUCGCAUUCGGAUCCGGGUUCAAGUGCAACAGCGUAGUUUGGAGGGCAAUGGGCCGGGUCAGAAAGCCUACCCGGAAUAAUCCCUGGCUGGACUGCAUUGAUAGAUAUCCAGUGGCUCUUUAAACGCCGUAUUAAAUUAGUUUAAUUACUGCUUGUGGUGAGUAAUUAUAGAUGGUUUAAAAAAAAAAAAAAACACUUUUUGGUUUUUAUUUUAUGAGAAAAUUGUACUGUAUGGGAAUGGUGUUGAAUUAAAGUAAUUGUUAUGUUUUCCUGAUAUGAAAUGGGA